GGAUCGUGUUCACGGAAGACAGUGGUACGUUGGAUUGCGCGUAGUGCGUGUGUGGUGCGUUCACAACACUAGCGCCACUCCACAGAGACCGAGAGGUGAUUCGAUUUCGCGAACUAAUCCUGGUAGCGCGGAGCGGUCAGUCCGUGUGCCAUUCUGCACCGAGAAAUGGAAGCCGACGAAACGCGUCCGAGUAAUACGAGCGCGAGCACGUUGCCGAUGGACCAAGUCGUGUGCGAACACGCAGUGACAGCUGUGCACGAGUACGCGUUUUAAAUUUGUUAUGAUCAAGAACGUACCGGGUAGAACCGGUCGCCGACCAGCUGCGAUUCCGGAGAAGAGAUCGUUUUAGAUGCGCUCGUCGAAAGUUCAGUGAACGUGCAUUUUGGUUUUUCAUUUAUCGCCCAUUUGGUUUCGAAGUCGUGUCGCAAGUUUCGUUAAGAGGGAAAGGGUGCGUGUGGCGUGUACGAACGUCUUUGGAUACAGCCUGACAAGAUGUGGUGCCUCGUUAGUCAAGCCAAUUCCGUCAUCCUCGAGGUGCAAGUCGAUCCUAAAGCCAUUGGUCAGGAGUGUCUCGAAAAGGCAUGCGACUGUUUGGGCAUUAGCAAGGAGUGCGACUACUUUGGACUGAAGUAUCAGAACGCGAAAGGCGAAGAGCUUUGGUUGAAUCUGAGGAAUCCCAUCGAAAGACAAACGGGCGGCGGCGUGGCGCCUCUGAGGUUCGCGUUGAGGGUUAAGUUUUGGGUUCCGCCUCACCUGUUGCUGCAGGAAGCUACCAGGCAUCAAUUUUAUUUACACUCUCGAUUAGAGCUGGUCGAGGGUAGGUUGAAAGUGUCGGAUUGGGCGUCGGUGGCGCGUCUGAUCGCUUUGAUAGCGCAAGCAGAUGCCGGUGAUUACGACGCGAUGUCGCCACCCCAUGCGCUCUAUUCCCAAUGCUGUCAGAUACAACCGGCGGAACCGUGCGAACCGAAACCUCAGGAUUUCCUGCACCGGAUAGUUCAGCAACACAAAGAAAUCAAGGGUAUGAAACCAUCCACUGCCGAGUACUGGCUGUUGAAGGAGAUCUCGAAUCUGGACACUUUUGGCCAGGAAAUGUUUCACAGUAAAUUCGGAUACAACGGAGUGUCGAUGAUCGGCGUUGGACCACACGGUAUCACGGUGUAUCGCAGCAACGACGAGGAAACGCAAAACAUACCGUACACAGCGAUACAAAGCGCGACGUCUCAACGGAGAAUGUUUCAUUUAGUUUACCUGUCGCUCGACGGUGAAGAGACCUCGUUGAACUUUAAAUUAGAUUCCAGCCAAUCCGCGAGUGGACUUUAUAGAGCGAUUACCGAGAAACACGCGUUUUACAGCUGCGAGACGGUCAGAAGCGCGGUAACCGCUCAGUUCAUUCGAGACUUGAAGGGUACCAUAAUCUCGAUUUUCAACGAGGACUCGACGUUAGGAAAGAAAUACGUGUUCGAUAUCCGUAGGACCUGUCGAGAAGUGUACGACAACGCUCGACGGGCCUUGUACUGCGAAGCUACGACCGUGAACCUACCGGAGGAGAACGAAAUGUUGGAAAAGCAGGACUGCGGGGACUGCGAGGAUCCCAAGUGCAAGGAAUCCCGGGAAUGUCUGGCGAGAUUAUUGGACGCGAUGCUCUGUCGCAUUUGCAUGGAUCGUAGCUUAGACACCGCCUUGUUCCCGUGCGGACACGCGGUGGCUUGCUUGGAUUGCGCCAGACGUUGCGAACGUUGUCCACUUUGUCGAGCCGAUAUCGACCAUUGUCGGACGAUAUAUCUUCCCAUCGAGCUGACGCAUGUCGACAAGCACAGCCCAAAAUUGCUCUCCGAGUCCAUUGAGCCGGUCUAUGGAAGCGCGUCCACCGAAGAGAUUCAGAAGAGAGCUUUAGGAAACGAGAACACGGUAAACGGCAACGAUAUUUGAGAGUGCCAUCGCGGAAGAAGAUUCAACGUGGCUCGAAGAUUCCUUGGGAUCUUUGCCUGUCGAACGGAAAAGACGCAUUGACGUCGUUCGUCGAAUCGAGCUUCGAUCGCCUCUUCGAGAUUUCGUAAUUUUUAUUUUUUCUCGUUAUUUCACUCUUAACGUGAACUUCGAAUUACCUUCUUAACCGAGAAAACCUAAUUUCUUUAUCGAACGUUAAAUAAAAAUUAUUUUCUACCGUUUUUUUUUUUAUACUUUAUAAAUUUGGUUCAAAGAACAAAGAACGUAAUUUGCCAGAACACCGUGACAUUUUAUCUUUAAGAACAAGCAAUGAGAUUGUUUCCUUUCGUGUUUUAACGCGUUGACUGCCACGACGGUGUGUCGCUAAAACGAAGUUGUUUUUAGCGUCGAUGUUAUCGUAUACUGUAACGAACAUGACUGUUUCUACCGGGGCAUUCAACUCGUUAAGCUUGAUUCGAUUCUUAAUGUUUCGAAUGAUUCAUUGGUACUGUGAUCAGAAAAAAAGCAACGCGAGUUCGUAACUUUAACGAAAUUACUAUCGUUUUAAAAAACUUAUCUUACCUGUUUAUACGCGAUGUUGCGAUGUUAUUAUGAAUGUUGUCGAUAUUUCACCAUUCAAUAAUUAACGAUGUUGUAACGUCUUAAUUGAGCGACCGAAAAGUGCUAUUAGCAGCAUUGAUCUCUGAUAAACAGUGCUGCCGUUAUUUUCAACGGAGUAUAGUAUAAUUUGUAUCGAUGCAAAAUUGAAUUACGUCGUGCAAAGAGAGUUUUUAUUUUGAUCGGCAACUGGACGCAUAAGUUAUGUUUCUCUUCUUUCUUUAUUCUCUUUUUUUCUUGUUUAAUCGUUGUUUACAACACUUCUCGAUACCUUUGUUCCUCUUAGAUAGAUUAUACAUAUAUUUUUUUCUCUUCUUCCUCGUACGUGUAUCGACUUUCGUUCAGAUAUCGUGGUGCCGGGGUCACCGUGGUGAAGAGUUUUAUUAAAACCAGUGACCCUUCAUAUUUUUAAUAUAGUACAUACGUUACUUAUUAUGCGUACGCGGUAUCGUUUACAAAAUGACUGGUAUAACGUUCCUUCUUGUACAGGAUGUUUCGUUUAAGGAUAAGGCGGAUCUCGAACGGCGUUACCGGUUAAUCGAUCGUUCGUGGAACGUUCGGUUCAUCGAGUCGCGCGAUAGUUACUACGAUUUCGUUCGCGCUGACUCGUGGUGAGCCGAAAGAGCCAUCGUUGGAUUCGAUUAACGAUUAAGUAAUAACAUUGUUUCUUAUUUUGAAACAUCUUGUAGAAGACGGAAAAUCUUGUUACAGUAAUAUCUGUUUAUAUGUACAUAAGAGGCGAUGAUAACCCUCUGUAGGAGGGUCAAGCGAGUAAAAGUCAUAAGUUCACCAAAUGUCAAAUCUGAUUUAACCAACUCAAUGCGAAUGCUAUCUUUUUAAAUAAGUCAUAAUAAAAAAAGAAUAUAUGUUAAUUGAUGCGCUUUGCACACACACGCAUACGUACACACAUAAUGAAGAUAAUUUACGUGGCGAUAUUUCCUUUGUGUAGGAGCGCGAAAGAAGGCUGUUUCUGAAUCAAAAAGAAAAAAGAAGAAAGAAAAGAAAGAAUAGAAUGUAAAUGCUUUAUCGAAGCGUGCGAAUUUUUAUGUAUUAUUUAUAUUUUUCUCGCGAGAGAAACGUAUCGUUCUUCCUGUAAUUUUUUUUUCUAUCCUGGAUCGAGCACGCUUUAAUCGUUACCAUCGUUGAAAGAUAGCAUCGAACUAACUGAAACACUUAUCGGUAGCAUUUUACGAAGUCUUGCAUGCGUAUCGACAGGGAGACUGUCAUGAGAGGGAGAAUGAGAGACAAAGAAAUCGUUAUAGUCAUUCAUCAAUGCAAAGCAGAUCUAGUAUGUACUUAUUUAUAAGGAUAAUGAUAAUAGUGUUUAUAAUACGUGCUACUGCGUUUAAUGACGAUUAUUGUCAACUUUGUCGUUAAGUCAACGGUAGCGUAAUCCCUUUUUUCCUGGCGUUCCUCGACGCUUCACGCUCCUGGUCUCUAUUCUUUAGUUUCUUCUAUUAGUAUUUUUGUAUUUCAUCGUGAAGAAAAUCGUGAUUACGCUGCUUCUCCAAGUCAGAUAUCGAUUCUUUAGAUACGAACGCGAUUAUAAAUAUACGUACGACAAUGUUAACUUCGUAGUUUGGAAUAUUGCAUAUCGGUGCAAUAACGCGUCGUCGUGUUUCACGAUAUCGAAAAUAUACAUAUUUUCUCCAGAAUUUUCUAAUACCGGUAUCGAUCGAUAUGCUUUUAUGCGUUAGAAGUUCGUUUCAAAAAUCAAACGUUAUCGGAAAAGAGAAAAACUGUUUUGUAAAUUAUAGCCGUAUGUGGUCUUCGGGGAGAAAAAAAACUGAACGAAUUUUUACCACCGCUAUACGUUUACUCAAAUAUAUAUAUAUAUAUAAGAAUAAUAUAAUAACGACAACAAUAACACUGUUAUAGUAAAAAGCAACAAAUUUUUGUGAUUAAAUCUCUGUAUAAAUGCGUACACUAAGAAAUUCGAAAUCAUUAUAAUUGGUAGAUGUGUAUAGUAGAAAUGGAAGAUAUCGGAGAGAAUGGAUUUUUAAGAAUUAUCAUUUGCAAAGAGUAUUUUUAAAGUAUUUUUAAUUAUUUUUUAGUAUUAUAUCAGGAUUCCACUUAAACGGUGGUAUAUAUACAUAUGAGACCGACACAAUCUACAAAAAAUAAUUUUUAGCAUUAUAAAGGUACAAUGUCCCAACCUGUUGAUUAAAUACUAUGAAACAUU